AUGAGCGUGCUGCUCGAGACGUCGGUAGGCGACAUCGUGAUCGACCUGCACACCGAGGCGGCGCCGCGCUCCUGCACCAACUUCCUCAAGCUGUGCUCCAAGCACUUCUACAAGCUCAACGCCUUCUUCCGCGUGCAGAAGGACUUUCUGGCGCAGACGGGCGAUCCGACCAACACGGGCAAAAGCGGCGCCAGCAUCUGGUCGCAGCUGCCCUCCACGUCGCGCGACCGUCUCGACAGCAGCUUGUUCCAGCCAGACACCGACGAGACGCUCAAGCAUACCAGCAAGGGCACCGUCUCCUUUGCAUGCAUCCGCAGCCAGCAGGAGCAUGCAGAAGACGAGGAGGGUGUGCUUCUGGCAGGGUCACAGUUCUUCAUCACGCUCAAGGACGACAUCGAGUAUUUGGAUGGCAAGCACGUACCUUUCGGAACGGUGGUCGAAGGGCAGGAGGCCGGUGGCACGCUCGACAAGAUCAACGCCGCAUUCACGGAUGAUCAGAAGCGGCCGCUCAAGGAUAUCCGCAUCAGGCACGUCGUGGUGCUCGAAGACCCUUUUCCGGACCCGGACGGCUUCAGCCCGCCGUCGCGCUCGCCCUCGCCCACACCGUCGCAGCUUCACGCGCUGCGGCUUGCGGACGACGAGGACCUGAGCGAAGAGCGCGACGAGACCGAAAAGGAGCAGCAGCGACGCGAUGCCGACACGAACGCAGCUGCGCUGACGCUCGAAAUGGUCGGCGACCUCCCCUUUGCCGAGAUCCGCCCGCCCGAGAACAUCCUCUUUGUGUGCAAGCUCAAUCCGGUCACGCGCAGCGACGAUCUGGAGCUCAUCUUCUCGCGCUUUGGCAGGAUCAUGUCGUGCGAGGUGAUCAAGGACAAAAAGACCGGCGACUCGCUCCAGUACGCGUUUAUCGAGUUCGACAAGAAGGACGACGCCGAACGCGCCUACUUCAAGAUGCAGAACGUGCUCGUCGACGACCGCCGCAUCUGGGUCGACUUUUCCCAGAGCGUCAGCAGGCUGCAUGGCGACUGGGUCAAGAAGCGCAACGGAGGCAGAGAGGCGCCGCGCGGCCAUUACAAGUGGGGCGAUCAGUCGUCUCGCAAUGGCUCGCAUGCAGCCAGUCGCACCAGCUCGUACCGACCGCGCGACCAGAGGGAGGAGAGGGACCGUCGCGACCGCAAUCAAAGGCCUCGCUCGCCCCGUCGAGAAGAAAGCAGGGAGCGUGAUCGCAAGAGGUCGCGACGCCAAGACGACGACGACGACAGGCGCUACCGCAGAAGUGCCGAGCAAAGCAGGAGCACCCGCGACGACCGAGACAGCAGACACGGCCACGCGCGCUCCCGACGCGAACACACGUCCGGUCGCUCAGAGCGUUCCGAGCGCGAACGCGACCGUGACCGCCGUCGUGAUGAUGAUCGAGAUCGAGAUCGCGAGCGCGCAAGCGGCAGUGGCAGCCGACGCGAUCGCAGCGACGACAAAGAUCGGCGGCGCCACGACGAGCCGACCAAUUCCGAAGGCUAUCCGGCGCACCCUUGGCGUCUGUGCGCCGCCGCGGCUCCUUUGGAAUUGGCGGAGGGAGAUGGCGCGGGAUUCGGGACUCGACACUGCAAGGCAAGGCAAGGCGAUGCGAUGGUCGCCGAAAUGAGUGCAUCGCCCUACACACGGUCGAGCGCACUCGCGCCGUCGCCCACGGCGGCGUACUUCCCCAGCUCGUCGCGGCGCAGCAGCGUCUACACCUCGAACGCCGCGGCGGAAGACGACGAGGCGCUGGACGAGAUUCGGCGGUACGAGUCGUUUUCCACCGUAGACUGGGUCGUCGACUCCACGCGCGAACGCAACCGCAUCGCACGCGAACGCAAUGCCGCCUCGGCGCACUUUGCCAACGCACACCUCGCCAACGGCUCACGCGCCGAUGCUGCCUGGGGCCAUGUAGGAUUUGGAAGAGCCGGCAUCCCGCCGAGAUGGUGGUCUAGAGGACCCUGGGGAAGGAGAGCUUGGCUCGUGUGGGGGAUCGUCAAGAGUGCGCUUGCCGCGUUUACCGAUAGCGGCGUGAUCGUGCUCGUGGGCAUUCUGAUCGGCCUCAAUAUGGGCGUCAUCAGCUUGGCCACCGAGUGGGCGUCGGAUCUCAAGCAGGGGUAUUGCAGCUCCGGGUGGUGGCUCAAUCAGAAGUUCUGCUGCUGGGAGAUGAUGGAUCCUGCAGGGCCGGGUGGAGCACCGCUCCCGGCCGCAGCCAAAGCACUCGCCACCGCAACUGUCACUGUGACGGCACCCGCAGCUUCCUUGGACCCCACCGGCUCCACGACGCUGCUCUCCACGGCUGCGCCGGCAGCGGCACGCGCAACAGCCAGGGCCAUCGCCCACGAAGCGUACAACCUCACACUCCGCGGCGUGCGCGAUCACGAGCUGUGGUCGCGAGCGGCGCACGACAUCUUUCACGACGGCCUCGGUGCAGGACUGGGCCUAAUGGCGCGCGCGGAGGGUGCGGCAUCUGCGGGCGCGGGCGACUUGAGCGAGACGUGCACCGACUGGGUGCCGUGGUCGCGCUGGGCGUUUCCGGCCUGGAUCGUCUACAUGCUCUUUGCGAGCCUGCUGUCGUUCAUCUGCGCGCACCUCGUCAAGUCAUUCGCACCCUACGCGGCCGGCAGCGGCAUCUCGGAGAUCAAGUGCAUCCUGGCAGGGUUUGUGAUCAACGGCUAUCUGGGCUUCUGGACGCUGGCGAUCAAGAGUCUGACGCUGCCGCUGGCGAUUGCGUCCGGGCUCAGCGUGGGCAAGGAAGGCCCCGCAGUGCAUGUGGCGUGCUGCAUCGGCAACGUGGUGGCGAGCUUCUUUCGCUCGUUCAACCGGAGCCAGGCCAAGAUGCGCGAGCUGCUCACCGCGGCUUCGGCGGCGGGAGUGGCAGUGGCGUUCGGCUCGCCAAUUGGCGGCGUGCUCUUCUCGCUCGAAGAAAUGGCGUACAACUUUCCGGCGUCGACCAUGUGGCGCUCGUUCCUGUGCGCGUUGGCGGCGACGGUGACGCUGUCGUUCAUGAACCCCUUCCGUACGGGCAAGCUCGUGCUCUUCCAGGUGUCGUACGACCGCGACUGGCACUACUUUGAGAUCAUCUUCUACAUGAUCAUCGGCGUCUUUGGCGGGCUGUAUGGCGCGUUUGUCAUCAAGUACAAUCUGCAGGUGCAGUCGUUUCGACGCAGCUACCUCGCCAAGCACGGCGUGAGCGAGGUGGUGGUGCUGGCGGUGCUCACGGCGUUCAUUGGGUAUGCCAACAAGUUCCUGCGCAUCGAUAUGACCGAGUCGCUCGAGAUCCUCUUCCGCGAAUGCGAGGGCGGCGGCGACUACGAUAACCUUUGCCAGAGCUGGGCACAGUGGCGCAUGGUCAACUCGCUGCUGCUCGCCACGGUGCUGCGCACGGCGCUCGUCAUCAUCUCGUACGGAUGCAAGGUGCCUGCGGGCAUCUUUGUGCCCUCCAUGGCUAUUGGGGCUACGUUUGGUCGCAUGGUGGGCAUCCUCGUCAAGGCGCUCUACAACGCUUUUCCGCACUGGUCGCUGUUUUCGGCGUGCCAGCCCGAUGUGCCGUGCAUCACCCCGGGCACCUAUGCGUUCUUGGGGGCCGCAGCGGCGCUUGCUGGCGUUACGCGCAUCACCGUCGCCGUGGUGGUCAUCAUGUUCGAGCUCACGGGCGCACUCACCUACAUCCUGCCCACCAUGAUCGUCGUGGGCAUCACCAAGGGUGUUGCCGACUGGUUUUCGCGCGGCGGUAUUGCCGAGCAGAUGAUCAAGUUCUCCGGCUACCCGUUCCUGGACAAGGACGACCACAGCUUUGGCGUGCCCGUUGCCGACGUGAUGCGCGCGGAUCCGCAGGUGCUGUACGCUGCAGGCAUGCGGCUCGACGAGCUCGAAACCAAGCUCGCCGACGCCAGCUACAAGGGCCUGCCGCUGGUCCAGAGCAGGGACGAUGCAACGCUGCUCGGAUACGCGGGCAAGACGGAGCUGCGCUAUGCGGUGGGCAAGGCAAGGCGCGCACGUGCACUCCAUGCCGAUACCACGUGUCUGUUCAGUGUGGGUCCGAACCGCGCGCGCGGCAGUCGGCGCGGGACGCAGCAGCAGGACCUGCUCAACGUGGCUUCGCUGCCUACGACGGCGGCGGCGGACCAGGCGGUGCGCGAGGACAUGCUGAGCCGGUUCAGUGGUGCCGCUGCAGCAGGUGGGGCUCUGGGACUCGGCGGUGGCGGCACGGCAGCGCGCGCGUCGCAGCGUCAACACGAAUCCGAGUCUCUCAUCGGCCAGCUCGACGGUGCACACGACGAUGACGACGACGCACCUCGACCCCGGUCGAGCUAUCCGAGUGCUGGCAUGGAUGGUGAUGACGACGACAUGGACGGGGAUCCCGAGCUGGGGGAGGCGGGCGGCGGAGUGGAUGGCGAGGGCGAUUCGGACGUGCUCGAGUUGGCGGGGUGGAUUGAUCCGACGCCUUUGAUCGUGCAGCCAGACAUGGCGCUCGAGACGGUGAUGGACAUGUUCAAGAACCUUGGGCCGCGCGUGAUCCUCGUGGUCGAGUACGGCAAGCUCUCGGGGCUGGUUACGGUCAAAGACGUGCUGAAGCGCAUUGCACAGCAAGAGAAAGCCGAAGCAGCCGCACGCUCGGCAUCGCUACCGAGCACGGCUGCUGGCUCGCACGAGGGAAUUGGGGGCGGCGAACUCGAGGUGCUGCUCAAAGAGGCCUACGACUGGGCACAGCAGCAGUGGGCAUCCAUCGCGCCGCAUUUCGACCGUCUGGGUGCCAGAAUGGGCGUGUCGACAAGGACGGCGUCGCGCGCCAGCGCGUACUCGCAUCUCAGCUCACAUGCGGGCAGGUACGACUCGACGCCCGAGCCCGAACCGGAAUCCGUGGCGCUGCACAACUCGCAGGGUGCUCAACGGCAUAAGCCGCAGGAAGACCAGCAUUCGUUUGUGCUCGGUGAGGCAGACGAGUAG